AGGAAACACUUAAAGUAGUAGCAGGAGUUCUGUGUCACUCAACGCACGCCGCGCGACAUCAAACUCAGAACUCAAAGCAAGUAUGUUUUCAUUUUGGAGAACCGUUAAACUUCCUGGCGUGUACGGUGGGACUGCAGCGGACUUAUUCUUUCUGCCUCGUCCAACUUCGUCUCUUUACCGCGACAGACGACGUCUGAGCAGACCCUCCAGCAGAGAGUGCUCGGGGAAAAGGUACAAUGUGCCGCCGAGCGCCGAGUUUGUGGCCCGGGUGUCGGGGAUCCCCACCAUGGCCAAGUUACCUUUCCAGGAGACGGCGGACGGGCUGGACGCGGCGUUUAUCGGGGUCCCUAUUGACACCGGGACCUCCAACCGACCCGGAGCAAGGUUCGGUCCCCGGCAGAUCCGAGUGGAAUCUGCCAUGUUGAGAUCUUACAACAGUGGCACCAGGGCAGCGCCUUACGAGUCCCUCAUGGUUGCGGAUAUUGGGGACGUCAACGUUAAUGUGUAUGACCUGAAGGACACCUGCAAACGCAUCAGGGAGGCCUACAGAAAGAUCCUGGCUACCGGCUGUAUUCCUCUGACUAUGGGUGGCGAUCACACAAUAGCAUAUCCAAUCCUGCAAGCUGUUGCUGAGAAGCAUGGCCCUGUGGGACUGAUCCACGUGGAUGCUCAUGCUGACACCAGUGAUGUGGUCUUGGGAGAGAAGAUUGGACAUGGGACUCCCUUCAGACGUUGUGUGGAGGAAGGGCUACUGGACUGCAAGAGGGUGGUUCAGAUCGGCCUGCGUGGUUCAGGCUACUCUGCAGAUUCAUAUGAAUGGAGCCGGGCGCAGGGUUUCCGUGUGGUGCAAGCGGAAGAGUGUUGGUUCAAAUCUCUUGCCCCCGUGAUGGCUGAGGUCAGAAACCAGAUGGGCGGCGGUGCAGUAUACCUCAGCUUCGACAUCGACGCUCUUGACCCAGGCUUUGCCCCGGGAACAGGCACCCCAGAGAUAGCAGGGCUCACUCCCAUACAGGGAGUUGAAAUUAUUCGGGGCUGUCGUGGUCUAAACCUUGUUGGAUGUGAUCUGGUUGAGGUGUCUCCACCCUACGACACCACAGGGAACACUGCACUGACCGGUGCCAACCUCCUUUUUGAAAUGUUGUGCGUCCUCCCAAAAAUGAAAUACUACUGAUCAUUACAGACUACACACACACACACAGAACAGAACAGCUAGUUUGUUCAUAAUAUUCAGUUGAGCAGGCUGCCCGGCUGACCUAAGAAAGGCAAAUGACCCAACAUAUAUAAUUUAAAGUUUGAAUCAAUAAACAUAUUUCAUUUUAUUACAUGCAUCAAGAUGAUAAAUGCACCAUUGACGACCAUUUGAAACUCCACUGUCGCAGACGUCAUGUAAACUGUAAAAAGUGUUUUGAUAAAUCCAUGUCAAAAAUAUUCUCAUCUUUCAAGCUGCAUACUUGGUUACAUG